AUAUGGAUGCCGCAAAAGAACAGUUGAUUUGAUGUUUUGACGCAGAAAGAUAAAAGUAAAUUGUAUAGUUUCUAAGAUCAAUGGCUCUUCAAUUGCCACCAGUCGCAAAGACAUCCAAGAGGAAGAUUCCUGGCACAAGAAUCUUUAACCCAGCUAAUAUUUUCGCUGACUACAGUUUGAACUCAGCCAGUUCCAGUCAAGCAUUCAGCAGUCACUACCAAAGUACUUUUGCUCAUAAGCAAAGAAGUACCUCAACACAAUCACACCCGGCUGGGAAAGUUAACAAGCCUGACCCCACCCAUGUCCAUUUCUUGUUUGAAAAUCCCCGCUUCAUAAACGAGCCUGUCUGCCAUGCAAGCACAAAGGCAGCUAAAAAGCAGCAGCAUAUUUGGUGGCCUAAUGAAAUCCCAGUGGAAGUUAAAUUAAAGCCAGUAUACUCUUCAAACACGACCAGUCGCUCUGACUUCAGAAGCCCCGACGGGAGACCGAUGGGCCUCACCAGAUUCAGCUGUAUUGAGGGCAAGCGGAAGGCUGCAGCAGGUAUCGUUCCAGUCACCGAGCUCCCAUCGAGGCAUGUCAAGACAGAAAAAAUUUCAUACAACCAUCAAUUUGAUUCCAGAAGAGAUCGGAGAGAGCGUGGAAAAUUGCAUGGAAGUUUUGUAUGGGAUACAUCAGGCAAGGCUGUAGAACAGAAGUCGCGUCGAUUUGCAAAGAAGCAUUUUGCAUGUUCUGAUUCGGUUGACAUUACCACACAUUUUACGCCAAAAGAGACAGAAGGACACGCGACAGCGUCUAUGGAAAUUUGGAAUGUAGACCCACACCUAAGCUGUAGCUCAAAACCCAGUGAAGAUUCCUUGAGUGCAGUGACUGCGAGUUCUACUACACAAGAUGUCCUAAAAGCAAACGAAUCCAAAUUGGCAGUUCCAGCUUUUGAUCCAACCCCAAAAAGUCAUGCCAUUUAUACUGGACUCUUUGCAAACUUGGACCAAAAAUCUGUUCCCAGAGAAGCGUUGCAGAGGAGAAAAGAUGACUCCCCACCUCCACAUUUGUGUUAAAAUUAGGGACAUAAUUUGUAAACAUUUUAUCGUACGUGAAACAACCUUUAUAACAUUUAUUGUAUUUUAAUAAAUUUUCGUAUUAAAACCAUUUUGUAGAAAAUUUUGUUUUGAACAAUUGUCAAAGUGUCUAUAUAAUAGGAUGACUUUUCGUAUCAAUAGACUUUUCGCCCAUAAU